GCAGACUAGUUACAUAAAUAUAGAAGGGUAGGGAGUGCUUUUCCACUGGCAAGAUCGAUCUGUUGUACUUCUACUUUUGAUGGCAACAUGAUCGUGCUCUUCAUAAAGGCACGGCUGGAGAACGUGGCCAAGCUUUCCCUGCCUGAGGGGCACACCUACAACCUCACUGUCAAAGACAGCACAGGAGACGAUGUUAGGGAAGGAGUCACGGUGACAAGUUCUCACGAAGAGGAGCUGCCGGGCAGCAGGGGGUCAGCAAAUUUUGCACUGAAAUGGGUUAGGGACAGCAAGCAUAUGGCGUACCUCAACGUGAAGGAAAUCACAAAAGCGCUGAAAUGCAAAGGCAAGGAAAAGAUAUCCGGGUCCUACACAGCUGAUGAUGACGGCAAGUAUGUGGGGAUGGUGGGCUUUGAAUGCCGCGGCUUGGACGUGACUGGCUGGCAACCAGAGGAUGGCUUCAUCGUGGAGAGCACGAGCGGUGCGCGCUUUGAGGACGUGGACCUGUCAGAGAAGGAGUGGAUGGACUAUGAUGAGAAGCUCGGGGAGUCAGUCGGCAUCUAUGACCUGGAGUACAAACUUGAGGCCGUGAAGCUUUGAUAGGGCCUGUUUUUGCUUGUCCAGUCCCGAUGUAGACAAAGUAGCCAGUUCUUACUUAAAUGGCACUCAGACUGCUGGAGUCUUGACCCAUUUAUUUGGCAGGUCUAAGCUUUGCAUUAUCGACAGGGGAAGAAGCCCUUCACACAUGCUGUACUUGGUUCACUUCUCGGUCACUUGGCACACUAGAUUGCAAAGCGCUGGCACGGCACCGGUCCUGUGAGAUAUGCAGUCCAGUGGAUGAGGUUGAAGCUAGCUAGCUCAGCUUUUCAGGCUGUAUAUCAGAUUAUCUUCACAGUCAGAUUACAGCUUAGAGCCAGGCCUGUCAUCACUUGACACUGCUGUGCAUGACCUGUGAUAAUUUGCUCCACCUAGAGGAUCAUCCUAAUGUCUGGACCGGGUCCCUACAUAGGGUCCACUGGAUUUAAAGCAUGUAUUUAGCUCCGCGCAUGC